GAAUGAUGCUAGUGCCUAGGUAGGCAGAGACAAGGACCAUUUCCCAUUUUCCAUAAUUCCAUUCCAACCAUGUGAGUAAUAUUAUUUUGAUACGAAGAUGCGUGAUAAAAGCAGCAACCAUGUAACCGGAUUUUCAGCCACGCUUUCCACAGAAAAUUCUGGAGUUUAUUAGCCUCAACGUUCGUCUCCCUCUUACGGACACUAAACAACAAGAACAACUCUAUAAACAUAUAUCACUUUGUUCUCAACUUUUCACAACAUAUCCUAAGAAUCUUCCUUCUCUCUCUCUCUCUCUCUCUCUCUAGCACAAACCACACACACAAAGUUGCAUCAAGAUCAAGAUCAGUCUUAUUAUACUAUUACUAUUACUUUCCACAUCAACAAAGAGCCGCUCCUACCCCACGAUUGUUUUUGCCACCAUGUGUGUGAAGGACCAAGAGAAAGAUAUGAUGGAUAGCACCACAACCAAUUCAUGGCCUUUGCAACAUUGCCACCUUUUGCUCAAGACUCACAUGGACAAAAAAGGAUCUUUCCUCAGAACUUCAAGUGAUGACACCACCAACAUCAGUGUUCAAAAUUCCUUUCCUCUAGAAAGCAUAUGUGAGGACACAGUGGUUGUAGACAAGAAACAGAAUCUGAUGAAUUUUGUUCCAGCUCUUCGGUCUGGAGAGUGGUCUGAUAUUGGAGAACGUCCUUACAUGGAGGAUACUCACAUAUGCAUUGGAGAUUUGGUAAAGAAGUUUAAUUAUGAUGUACUUUCUGGGGAGGCUGUUUCCUUUUAUGGUGUAUUUGAUGGACAUGGAGGGAAGAGUGCUGCACAAUUUGUCCGUGAUAAUCUGCCAAGAGUUAUUGUUGAGGAUGUUAACUUUCCUUUGGAGCUUGAGAAGGUGGUCAAAAGGUCAUUUGUGGAGACUGAUGCUGCAUUUCUAAAAACAUCCUCUCACGAGCCUUCCCUUUCUUCUGGUACAACUGCAAUAACUGCAAUUAUAUUUGGAAGGUCUUUACUUGUAGCCAAUGCUGGAGAUUGCCGAGCUGUUUUGUCCCACCAUGGAAGGGCCAUAGAAAUGUCCAAAGAUCAUAGGCCAAACUGCAUCAAUGAAAGGACACGAGUUGAGUCCCUAGGUGGCUUCAUUGAUGAUGGUUACCUGAAUGGCCAGUUAGGUGUCACUCGUGCUCUUGGAGACUGGCACAUUGAAGGAAUGAAGGAAAUGAGUGAAAGAGGAGGACCACUGAGUGCUGAACCUGAACUUAAAUUGAUGACAUUGACCAAAGAAGAUGAAUUCUUGAUAAUUGCUAGUGAUGGAAUAUGGGAUGUUUUUAGUAGCCAAAAUGCUGUAGAUUUUGCUAGAAGGAGGCUUCAAGAGCACAAUGAUGAGAAACAAUGCUGCAAGGAAAUAGUGCAGGAAGCAAGCAAGAGAGGAUCAACAGAUAACUUGACAGUUGUGAUGGUGUGUUUUAACUUAGAUCCUCCACCACCUGUGGUUGUGGAAAGAACACGAGUAAGAAGAAGCAUAUCUGCAGAGGGACUUCAGAAUCUUAAAUGCCUGCUAAAACAAUAAAGCAUUUUUGUAUGCAAAUAAACAGUAUAGCUGAUUUUUUAGAGCUGUAAUCAUGUACAGAUAUUCAUAUCCAUCACACAUAAAUAACCAAGUGGAGAUUGACCUAGUCCUUGACUUCAGAGGAUGGACAAAGAACAAGGCAAAAUUCUAAAAAAUAUUAUAUCGUUAUAAUUUUUUUUCCCCAAUGUAAUUAGGAAAGUGAGAGUACAACUAAUUGGAGGAGAAAAAUAAUGUAAUCUGGGACGAUAUGAUUUGUACAUAUUAUUAUUGCAACAUUCUACUUUUAUUUA